GGGGUAUUUAACUCUAAACUCACAUCUUUCUCAGGAAGUUGAGUUCAGGCUAGUCUUGUUUUUCCUCUCCUCGUACCUCGCGGGCAGCUCGCCAGCUGGGUUGGCAGCCGGCCACCCCUCCUCUGUUCCUCCUUUUGUGCGGGCACACGGCUUGGUAAACGCAAGCCGGGAUCGAACAGACAUGGAUUGCCAGCCUAAACGUGGGCCUCCGCUAAGCGAUCAGAGCCGCUGCUACGAAGUGACCGGGUCCGCUCCUAGCCAAGCGGGAUUGCUCUGAAAUUGCCAGCGAGCCACGAAAGAGGCAGGAAGAGAGACGUCCGGUUUUCCCAAGAAGGCGUGACGACCAGCCAUUCUUGUUCCCUUUGUUUUUAUUUUUCUAGAUCUUUUUCGUCUGCAACCAAAUCUGUCGCCUUGCUUGCGGAGCCGCUUCCAAAAGAAGGCCACCCCCAAAGACCGGCUGAUCUGCAUUCGGCACAACUUCAAUAAAAGAUCCCAAAGGGACUUGAAGAAGUCUGUGAGAGAGUUGGGGAAAGGUUGGCCACUACUGAGCUGGGCGGAGAGGACGCCGGUCAGGCCGCCAUCUGGGAGACAUCCGAGCAUGCUCACCAUGCUGUAGCGAAAGGAGGGAAAGCUGGCUAACAGCUGGAGAACACCCCUAACCUUUUUAUAGACGCUACGAUCCCAGAAAUACUUCAUCUCAUCUACCAUCCAUGAAGAGAUGCCAGUGCUAAUGUUGGCACUGCAUCACAUGUGGUGACAGGAGGACACUAGUGGACCGUCAGGCAGCCCGGUGGGUCGUUUGGGGUACAAGCACAUCAGGAGGCAAUUUCAGGCGGGCGUGGUCACACCAUGCGGCCCUGGGCGGGUUCAUGGCGUUGGAUCACCCUGGUGCUAUUAGCCUGGGGCACGCUACUCUUCUACAUCGGUGGCCAUUUGGUGAGGGACAGCGAACACCCGGAACGUUCCAGCCGAGAGCUCUCAAAGAUCCUGGCCAAGUUGGAGCGGCUCAAGCAGCAGAAUGAAGACCUGCGGCGUAUGGCUGAAUCGCUCAGGAUACCAGAGGGUCAGGCAGAGGUUGGCUCCCUGGCUGCUGGGAGACUGCGCUCACUGGAGGACCAGCUAACCCGAGCCAAACAGAAGAUCCACACCUUCCAGAAACUGACAGGAGAUGGCCCGGGGCCCACUCAGGAGGAGCUGCGCCGGAGAGUGGACAAUGGCGUCAAGGAGUUUUUGUACUUUGUUCGCAGCGAGGUGAAGAAACUGGCCAAUGUUGAGGUCAACGAAAGGCAGAAAUAUGCCGAAACCCUCCUGACCGAUUUGGGAAACCAGCAAAGGUCCAUCAUGACAGACCUGUACUACCUCAGCCAAGCAGAUGGAGUGGGCGAGUGGAGGGCGAAGGAGGCCAAAGACCUGUCGGAUCUGGUUCAGAACAGAAUCACCUACUUGCAGAACCCCCCGGACUGCAGUAAGGCGAGGAAGCUGGUGUGCAACAUUAAUAAGGGCUGCGGUUACGGCUGCCAGCUCCAUCACGUCGUCUACUGCUUCAUGAUCGCGUACGGCACUCAACGCACGCUCAUCCUGGAGUCCCACAACUGGCGUUACGCCCCUAGUGGCUGGGAGAGCGUCUUCCUUCCUGUCAGUAACAGCUGCACCGACCGCUCUGGUGCCACCACUGGACACUGGUCAGGAGAGGCCCACGAUAAGGAUGUCCAGGUUGUGGAGUUGCCUAUAGUGGACAGUCUUCACCCUCGCCCCCCUUACCUGCCUUUGGCCAUCCCCGAGGAUCUGGCGCCGCGUCUGCACCGCCUGCACGGUGACCCGUCCGUCUGGUGGGUGUCCCAGUUUGUCAAGUAUCUGGUGCGGCCCCAGGCUUGGCUAGACAAGGAGAUCCGGCAGACCACUGCCAAACUGGGCUUUAAACACCCCAUCAUUGGCGUCCAUGUGAGGAGGACAGACAAAGUAGGCACGGAGGCAGCCUUCCACCCCAUCGAGGAGUACAUGCUACAUGUGGAGGAGCAGUUCCAACAUCUGGCCCGACGUGUGCCCGUGGACAAGAAACGAGUCUACCUCGCCACGGAUGACCCCUCCUUGCUGCAGGAAGCCAAGACAAAGUAUCCUGACUAUGAGUUCAUCAGCGACAACUCUAUCUCGUGGUCUGCGGGCCUUCACAACCGCUACACUGAGAACUCUCUGAGAGGAGUCAUCCUGGACAUCCACUUCCUUUCCCAGACCGACUUUUUGGUGUGCACUUUCUCCUCACAGGUGUGCCGCGUGGCCUACGAGAUCAUGCAGACCCUCCAUCCGGACGCCUCGUCCUUCUUCUACUCCCUGGACGACAUCUACUACUUCGGAGGCCAGAACGCCCACAAUCAGAUCGCCGUGUACCCGCACCAGCCGCGCAACAACGAGGACGUCCCGCUGGAGCCCGGCGACGUUAUCGGCGUGGCAGGCAACCACUGGGACGGCUACUCCAAGGGGAUCAACCGCAAACUGGGCCGCACCGGCCUCUACCCCUCCUACAAGGUCAAAGAGAAGAUCGAAACGGUCAAGUACCCGACGUACCCCGAGGCAGACAAACUGCUUGAGACCCACAAGAAAUGAAAGGGGAGGAAAACAUAUAUUAAAAAAUACAAUUAAAAUAUCAGAAGACGAGGAGGAGAAAGCCGAUGACUCCGGUUUCCAGGGAAGGAGGCUGCUUUUGUACAGAACAGGGAGGCCUGCAUAGCAAGCCAGAUGAGGAAAAAGGAGCUGCACCCUCGGGUGACGGGACUGCACUCAGUGCAUGUGUGCGUGAGCGCGAGUGUGUGUAUGGACGUGUGUGCACUUGUGCGUGUGUCAGGUCGCAGAGGACUUGCACCACUACUCCCCUGCCUGAGCGUGUUCAAGCGGGGUCUGUAGCGUCUGUAGAUUUUAAAUCAACCAAGAAAACACUUUUAAAAAAAUAAAUAAUAAUAAUAAUAAUAAAUACAAAUAAAAACUCUCGGAGCGGAUCUUUACUGUAAAGACUGGACCCACCACCCCUCCUCUCUCCCAGGUUUGAAAACUGGAGAAACAAGUGUUUUUAUUUAAGUUUUUGGGGGAAGGGUUUUGAUUCUAUAUUUGCCUUUUUUUUGUUUUUAUUUUGUUGACUGAAUGUACUGUAUUCUCUUUUUGCCAGACUCCACUCCUUGUAAUUCCUCCAUCUCGUCCCACGUGCAAUUAAUUUUAAUAUACCAUGUUGUGCUUUUAAUUCCCUUUCGACCCCAGCCCCAACCCCCCGCCCAACGGUCUUAAUUUUUUAAGCGUGCUGCUUGUGUGUUGUGUACUGUACCACACGUGUGUGUGUGUGUGUGUGUGUGUGUGUGUGUGUGUGGCAUAGAGAGGAUUUGUGUGCUGCUUUCAAGGGGCCAUGUUAGCAACUUGCCUGGUGCCUGCUUCUUUUUCGCCACCUCCGGACUGAAUUGUGUUUGUGUGCCUGGCAGCGAUGUGGAGAUGGGGCGGUGGGGGGUGUGUGUGUGUGUGUGUGUGUGUGUGUGUGUUGCGGGGGCACUUUGAACAAUGGAAAAGUUCGGUCACCCCCCUCGUGAACAGUGGUGAUGUGCUGAUGUACAUCAACAUUCUCGCCAAAUGAAGCACUCUGUCUUCUGUUCUUAUGUCCAUCCUUUUUGUUUUUUUGGGUUUGUUUUUUUACUUUGCUAUUUUAAAAUACAGUAAAUGAGGACAAAGGUGUUUUAGAACGAUAAUGCUAUGUCUUUUCAAAAGCCAUCAUUUCAUGACUUAUGUUCCUGGGCAUUGUCUACGAUGACCACACAUCAAAUAAACUUGAGAAACCAA